AUGGCCGAGAGAAGACUCCACAGCCUGGGGAUAAAACUUUCAAAAGAUCCUCAACUCCAUGAGAAAUACAAGGCCGGAAUUCAAGACUUGUUGAACAAGGGAUUCGCAGAGAUGGCCCCCGAAGAAGCAGCCCAGGAUGGUGUUGAAUGGUAUUUGCCGCACCACAACGUCGUAAACCCAAGCAAGCCAGAAAAGUUUCGCAUCGUUUUCGACUGCUCAGCUGAAUAUGCAGGAACGUCUCUCAAUAAAGAAGUCCUUCAAGGCCCAGACUUAACAAAUGGAUUGGUCGGUGUCCUCUUACGAUUCCGGGAAAGACCUGUCGCUGUUAUGGGAGAUGUUGAAGCCAUGUUCCAUCAACUGAGAGUUACUGAGAAACACCGCAACACUUUGAGAUUUUUAUGGUGGAGUGACGGAGAAGUUGGCGCCAAAGUUCAAGUCUACAGAAUGACGUCACAUCUAUUCGGCGGGAUAUGGUGUCCGAGUGUUGCUGGUUAUGGUUUAAGACGAACGGCAGACGACAACUCACCUGAUUUCGCUUCGGAGAUAGUCGAGACAGUGAAGCGAGAUACGUACGUUGAUGACAACCUUUCAUCCCACAACUCUACAGAUGAGGCCUUCAAGACAGUACAGGGUGUAACAGAAUUGGUAGCCAAGGGUGGUUUCCACAUGCGAGGAUGGUGUUCCAAUGAUAAGUCAGUGAUGAAGGCGAUUCCAGCAGAUGAGCGGGCCAAGGACAUGAAGACCAUUGACCUUGACAGAGACACACUUCCUGUUGAGAGAGCAUUGGCCACCCACUGGGACACAGAAACAGACAUGAUUGGUGUCAGCAUUCGUCAGAGAGACCCAGUCUACACAAGAAGAGGACUGCUGCGAAUCACCAGUUCCGUGUAUGACCCUCUCGGGUUAGUCUGUCCUUUCGUCUUACGAGCUAAGAUGAUAUUCCAAGAUGAAUGCAAGCGCCACCUUGGAUGGGACGAAGAAAUGACUGCCGAAAAUACCAAGAGAUUCAACAAAUGGUUGGGUGACCUACCAAGACUCAAAGACCUGAAGAUUCCGAGAUGCAUUCAGCCGAAAGACCAUGGUGAAAUCGUGGAAGCCAGCUUACAUCAUUUUUCCGAUGGUUCAGCCACAGCCUAUGGUGCCAGCAGCUAUUUGAGAACCGUCAACAGGCAGGGAGGCAUCCACUGUACGCUAGUCCUGGCCAAGGCAAGAUUAGCUCCGCUUUCAACCAUGACGAUCCCGAGACUAGAGCUUUCAGCCGCCGUGACUGCAGUACAAUUAGACGCCCAGCUGAGAAGGGAGAUGACUCUGCCUUUACAGCCAUCAAUGUUUUGGACAGACAGCACCACGGUUCUGCAUUACAUCAGGAACACGACAAAACGCUUCCAGACGUUUGUAGCCAACAGGAUUGCCGUUAUCCAUGACGGAACUACCCCAGGACAGUGGAAAUACGUGCCUACCAAGCAGAAUCCCGCUGAUUACGCCUUAAGGGGUAUGAGCGCCAAAGCAAUCCUCAGCGACAUGAAGUGGAGCCAAGGACCAGAUUUUCUCAAGGCAUCCAAAGAUAUGUGGCCGGAGAUUCCCAUCGACAGCUCUGGUGAUCAGCUAGAGAAUGACAGCGAAGUCAAGAAAGAUGUCGCCACCUGUGCAGCCCAGUUAAAGGAAGACAACCCCACAGAAAGGCUGCUGACCCAUUACUCCGACUGGUACAGGGUUCGUAAAGCCAUCGCAUGGUACCGCCGAUUCUGCCACUGGUUGAGGAAUAACAAGCCCAGGAUGGACCGAUUGCUGAAAGUUGAAGAAAUACAGUCAGCAGAGACCGCCAUCAUCAGAUACGUACAGAACGUCACGUACGCCACCGAGAUUAGCGACUUGAAGACCGGGAAGCCGAUCGCCAAGACAAGCAAGGUAUACGAUUUGGAGCCAUUCUGCGACGAGGACGGUCUCCUAAAAGUCAAGGGACGAUUGAGCCGAGCAAGGAUAUCCGAGACAGCCAAGCAUCCCACCAUUGUUCCCAGAAAUCAUCACCUGACAGAGCUGUUGGUUCGUCACAUCCAUGACUGGAACUCGCACAGUGGAAGGGAGUACGUCAUGGCUGCUCUCCGCGAGAAGUACUGGAUACCGAAGGCACGCCCUCUCGUCAAGUACGUACUGCGAAGAUGCGUCCUGUGCCAGCGUUUAAAGGGCGCACUGCAAUCACAAAGAAUGGCUGAUCUGCCGUCGGACAGAGUCACCCACGCUGAUUCCCCUUGGAACGUCACGGGAAUCGACGUUUUCGGUCCUUACUAUGUGAAGAAGGGCAGGAAGACAGAGAAACGUUACGGCUGCAUUUUUACGUGCCUGACUAUGAGAGCCAUCCACCUCGAGAAGCUGUGCAGCCAAGAAGCCGAUUCGUUUGUCAACGCACUGAUCCGAUUCAUCGCCAGAAGAUCGAAGCCCAGAUGCAUCCGGAGCGACAAUGGAACCAAUUUUCGACUUGGUUGUAAAGAGAUUCGAAACGCUAUCCGGGAGUGGAACGACAACCACAAGACCAGAGAAGACCUGCUGAUACGUGGGAUUGAGUGGGACUUCAAUCCACCUGCUGCAUCCCACAUGGGCGGAGUGUGGGAAAGACAGAUAUGUACGGUCCGAGCAGCGCUGAAUGCCAUACUUCGUGGUCAAGUCCUUGAUGACGAACGAUUGGAUACGUUGUUUGCUGAAGUCGAGAAUGUUGUAAAUAACCGCCCUCUGACGCCCGUAUCGGAAGAUCCAACUGACCUGCAAGCUCUAACGCCGAACGAUCUUCUACGUCCAGGCAAGGGAUUUACGUCACCACCGGGUGAAUUUAGCAGACAAGACGUAUACGGGAGACGUUGGCGACACGUGCAGUACCUCGUAAAUGAAUUUUGGAAACGAUGGACCAAGGAAUAUCUGCCCACCCUGACACGUUCAAAGUGGAUUACCGAAAGACGAAAUAUUCGGGUCGGAGACAUUGUUAUCGUGCUAGACAAGUCCCAACAUAGGUUGUACUGGCCACUCGGUCGCGUAAAGCAAGUGUUUCCUGACAAGGACGGAGUUGUACGAUUCGUUGAACUGAAAACUCGGAAUAUGGACAGUAUGCGGCGACCGAUCCACAAACUCGUUUUGUUAGAGGCCGCACAAGAGGAUUAG